AUGUCUCACCUUACCAUUGCGAACUGCUAUGAGAUUUUGGGAAUCAAUUCUGAUGCAACCAUCAAGGACAUCAAUACAGCUUACAAGAAACUUGCUCUCAAGCAUCACCCAGACAAGACAGGUGGGGAGGAGAGCUCUCAUAUCGAAUUCCAGAAGAUUCAGCAGGCUGUGGAAAUUCUUCGCGACCCGGUCCGCCGCAAGAAACAUGAUCUGGAACUCGUCAAGCUGGGAAGGAUAUCCGUGCAUGGAACUAAUUUCCCGCAUGAAGGUGGCUCCCACUGGUCGGCUUCCGCGUUCAAGAGAUACGAUGAGAACAGUCGCUACAUGUACAGCUACGAGCAAAGUGUACAUGUGAGCCCUCAGAAGCAGGAAUCUAAAGAGGAUAUGGAAUGGGUUGAGCAGAUGCUCAAGGCGGAAGAGGAAUUCAGACGGAACCUUGCCAGGCAGCAGGAGAUGGAACAGAUGCGUGCUCAGAUGGAAGCCGAGAGGGUAGGACAAGAGGAGAAUUGCAAGCUUCAAAGUACAUGGGAAGACCAUCCGCCUGAACUGUUCGAACAGGAUGCUCAUACCGAGGAUGUUCUCGAAGAAGAACCUGACUAUUUCGAAUUCUACACUGAGAGUAUUAACCGGAAGGAGCAAGACAUCUGGGAUAAAUGCGCACAAAGGGCUCCCCGGUCUAGGGACUACAGGGAGGAAGAAUAUUACCAGGAAAUGUUCCAGGAGGGUGAGAACGAACCAGAGCUUUAUGAGGAGGGCGAGAACCAAGAGAUCUACGAGGAGGACGACGAAGAGCAACAAGCAAUCCAUGGGGAGGAAGUUGAGGACCAACCGGAGCUCUAUGAAGGAGUCGAUUGCGAGGAAGAGGUGUCCAAAGAGGAUACUGGAGAUCUGCAAGAGCUUUACGAGGAGGACGACCAUGACUUCGAUGAUUCUUCCCUGUGCCCUGACGAUCAGCUCUCCGAGUAUAUUCCGUCUGUCUGUGGGUCCGACUUGGACUACGCUACUGCACAAAGCAGCGGCUCUGAAUUCAAUUCUCGCUUUCAUAUGGAGAGCAUCCGUGCGGCUUGUGCUGAGCUGUAUGACAAUAAGUCGACUAGUCUGGAAGAGGCCCAGAAAGCAGACGACGACACGGCGACAUUCUACGACUUCAGCGAGACAGGCUCGUCCCACAAAUUCUACAGUACCAAUCCCUACCUUUCCGAGACUGUAAGUGUGAACGAAGCUGUCCACAACGACGAGGACGAACAAGAGUCUGAGGGAGUCGACAACGACGACAGUGUCAAUCUGUCAAGCCUCCAUGAUCUCCUAUCUCCCUUCGUCCCAUACUUUCAAAAGAAGCUUGAUGAUCCCAAUGGUCGCUACACUGAGGAGGACCUUCGUGUUGAACUUCAAGGUAUUGUCAUGGAGACCUUCUGCGGCUGGCUCGAAAAUAUCCGUCUUACGGUUCCUGAUGCAGAGAUUCCGAGAACAGGCAACGAUCCACAGCAGUGCCUCCACCUUGGGUCCUGGGUCAAGCAAUUUGAGCGUCCGGCAUGUGAAAUUUGUCAUCGCUGGAUGCCAAUUUACACUCUCAUGUGCCCAGGUUGUGGCAUUCAGGCCUGUGUGGGUUGUAAGUUUCAGUAUGAGAAGGAGUGA